AUGAGCAUGAGUCUCGAAUUUAGUAUAAAGCACUCAGGGAAGGUUUACCCUAUUUCGUUGCCUCAGGGCGCGAAGGGGACGGACUUGCAGCUUAGAGUCGAAGAGCUGACACAAGUGCCCAAAGAUCGCCAGAAGUAUAUGCUCAAGGGUGGACUUAGCUCAGAUGUGCCUUUGAAUGGGUUAAUAAAACCUGGGCAAGUAGUCAUGGUGUUAGGCACUCCCGAUGCCAACCUCGUAAGCAAACCACAGAAGGAACACAGAUUCAUUGAGGAUUUGGACGAAAGCGCCCAAAUGCAACACCUUUCUCAGUUACCUGUUGGGCUAAAGAACCUUGGCAACACUUGUUACAUGAACUCCACUUUACAGGCAUUGUACCAAAUAAGACCACUCAGAGAAGAGAUUUUGAACUUUCAGCCACCAAAAGAAAACCGCUCUGGGGAACAGCAUAUUCAGCUCGUUGCUGAACUGAAGCGUUGUUUUCAGCAGCUUAGAGACAGACCUCAAGAAUCUACUACUCCUAUACUGCUGUUGGCAACUCUAAGAAAGUGCUACCCUCAGUUUGCUGAGCGCGACCAGGAGUCCGGAUUUUAUAAACAACAAGAUGCCGAAGAACUCUUCACACAAAUUUUUCAUUCAUUGAGUGUCGUGUUUGGGCAAAAUCUAGUUCAGAAGUUCCAAAUCAACUUUCAAACGACAAUCAAAGACAACGCUAACGAGCAGGAUGUGACAGUAAAGGAUGACGAUCAUGACAUGAAACUGCAAUGCCACAUUUCUGGAACUACAAAUUUUAUGAAGAACGGACUUCAGGAGUCGUUAAACGAAAGUAUCGAAAAAAGGUCUUCCAUUACAGGCGUCAACUCUGUUUUCAGCGUGCAAAAAAAAAUCACAAAGCUGCCAGAGUUUCUAACUGUACAGUAUGUGAGGUUUUUUUGGAAGAAGUCCACUGGCAAGAAGUCUAAGAUCUUGCGUAAAGUUGUUUUUCCUUUUCAACUCGAUGUCAGCGAUUUGCUGACAAGUGAGUAUGCACAAAAAAAAAUCAAGGUGAGAGAUGAUCUUCGUGAAGUUGAAAAGGAAAAGAUUGAGGAUGAGCGUGAGCUUAAAAAGCGGAAGACUAAUGGAGGGCCAGUUAGUGGCGACAGCGAAGCUUCCAUGACACCAAGAGAGAUCGCAGAGACAGAAAAAGCCCUGGAAGAGAGUACGAGAGAAAGGUGGCUCCAGGAAUACAAGAAGAGGUUCCCUUCGGAUCUCUCUCCUGGCGAGAACCCCUCUUGCGUCUACAACCUUAUCGGAGUGAUUACACACCAGGGAGCGAACUCCGAGAGCGGGCAUUACCAGUCGUUUAUUCGUGAUGAGGCAGACGAAAACAAGUGGUAUAGAUUCAAUGAUGAUAAAGUUUCUGUCAUCGAGAAGGAAAAAAUUGAGUCUUUGGCUGGCGGCGGCGAAAGCGACAGCGCUCUAAUCCUCAUCUACAAAGGGCUUGGGUUGUAG